CAGAUCAAGCACCACCAUGAGCGGGGAAUUCAUGAAUUUCAGCAACAUCUAUGAUUUAAGUGAGGAUUAUUUUGGGUCACCUAAUACGUCAGAUUACCCAUCUGAGGAUGAUACAUUAUGUUCCUUGCAGGAGGUCAGGAGAUUCUCUGGGCUAUUUUUGCCCAUUGCUUACUCCUUGAUAUGUGUCUCUGGCCUCCUGGGCAAUAUUUUGGUGGUGGUCACUUUUGCUUUUUAUAAGAAAGCCAAGUCGAUGACAGAUGUUUAUCUCUUGAAUAUGGCCAUUGCAGACAUACUAUUUGUCCUGACUCUCCCAUUCUGGUCAGUGAAUCACGCUACUGGUGAAUGGGUGUUCAGCAACGCCAUGUGCAAACUGAUUAGGGGUAUCUACACCAUCAACUUUAACUGCGGGAUGCUGCUCCUGACCUGCAUUAGCAUAGACCGCUACGUGGCCAUCGUCCAGGCAACCAAGUCCUUCUGGCUCCGGUCCAGAACGUUAGCACACCGUAAAGUGAUCUGUUUUGUUGUGUGGGCGGUGUCAGUCCUGAUCUCCGGCUGGACUUUCACGUUCAAUCAGAAGUACAACGUGCAAGGCAGCGAGGUGUGUGAGCCCAGGUACCCCAGGGUCUCCGAGCCCAUCAAGUGGAAGCUGUUGAUGCUGGGCCUUCAGCUCCUUUUUGGUUUCUUCAUCCCAUUGGUGUUCAUGAUAUUUUGCUACCUGUUUAUUGUCAAAACCUUAGUGCAAGCUCAGAAUUCUAAAAGGCACAAAGCCAUCCGCGUGAUCAUAGCAGUGGUUCUGGUGUUUCUGGCUUGCCAGAUUCCUCAUAACGUGGUGCUUCUCGUGACUGCCGCGAACUUGGGUAAAAUGAACCGCUCCUGCAGCAGCGAAAAGCUGAUCGGCUACACCAAGAACAUCACCGAGGUCUUGGCUUUCCUGCACUGCUGUCUCAACCCUGUGCUGUACGCAUUUAUCGGUCAGAAGUUUAGAAACUACUUUCUGAAGAUCAUGAAGGACAUGUGGUGUGUGAGAAGAAAGCAGACAUCACAGGGCUUCUCCUGUUCCAGACUGUACUCGGAAACCUUCAUUUCCAGGCAGAACAGCGAGACGAUGGACAACGAUAACGCGUCAUCCUUCACUAUGUGACAUUCCCGGAAGCGUGGUGAGGAUGUGCUGACAGCCAUGAUGCCAAAAUGCGUGGGAGAUGCGGAAAUUAAACGAAAGGAGGCCAGUGUCUUUCCUUAGGGAUCAGGACCGAACGUGACCUUGGUCCCCAUAAGUCUCUACACGGGGUGGUGGGUGGGCUCUGAUAUGUAGCAUCUCCCCAGUUUACGGGACCAAGAGCUCUCUAUGACUCCAGAAGACCUCACAGCUGGCACUCCACAAAACAGACUUUGGUAAAUGCUGGAUUAAAGCAAAUUGUUGACCAACAUGAACAUUUCCAGAAAUAUUCACGCAGCACUCCUAGGCCACAGUUUCUUCUGGCCGUAGCAAAAAAAUCACAUGGUCUGGAAAACCAAAACAGAAAGAAAACAAAUGAAAGCCCUCAC